UCCUCACCUUCUUUCCAUUGGCAGGUGCAGGAAAAAUUAAAACUCGCCUCACUUUUUUUCUGCAUCUGUUAUUAAUUUUCUCAUAAAUCAAAAAUAAUAAAUUGAAAAAACGCAAAUUAUUUCUUUCCUUAUCCCUUCCCUCUGCUAAUCCAGUAAUUCCAAAAAUACUUUUGUUAUAAAAGCAAAAAAAAUUGGAAAGAGAAGAGUAUGAAAAUGCCGUCCCUGGAGGAUGAGCUGUUCCCUUCGACGCCAGGGAAGUUCAAAAUCGACAGAGCCCACAAUAUGAAUCGUCAGUUCCACCGCUGCUUCGCUUCAACCAGCACCAUGUUUCUAUGGGCUCUUUUCUUGAUCGCGUUAACGGCAUCGUAUUUGAGCUUCCAGAGUUUCGUUGAUUCAGGUAGCCGGUAUUUCAGUGCUUCCUGGGGUGGAAUCCAAUGGGAAAAACAAGUACGUAACUCCGGUCAGAUCCACCGUUCCGGAGGCAUGUCCGUUCUGGUAACUGGAGCGGCAGGUUUCGUUGGUACACAUGUUUCCCUUGCCCUCAAAAAACGCGGAGACGGUGUCGUUGGGCUUGACAACUUCAAUAACUAUUACGAUCCUUCUUUGAAAAAAGCGAGGAAAUCGCUGCUUAACAGUCACGGCAUUCUGGUCGUUGAAGGGGAUUUGAAUGACGCCAAGCUGUUGGCUAAGCUUUUCGACGUGGUGGCUUUUACUCACGUUAUGCAUUUGGCGGCUCAAGCAGGAGUCAGGUAUGCCAUGGAAAACCCAAACUCUUACGUUCACAGCAACAUAGCCGGUCUCGUCACGCUUCUCGAAACUUGUAAGUCGGCUAAUCCCCAGCCGGCUAUUGUAUGGGCUUCUUCGAGUUCGGUUUACGGGUUAAACGAAAAAGCUCCUUUCUCUGAAGCGGACCGGACCGACCAGCCGGCUAGUUUAUACGCGGCCACGAAAAAGGCGGGUGAAGAAAUUACCCAUACCUAUAAUCAUAUUUACGGUCUGUCAAUGACUGGAUUAAGAUUUUUUACCGUGUAUGGUCCAUGGGGAAGGCCGGAUAUGGCGUAUUUUUCGUUUACGAGAAAUAUUUUGCAAGGGAAGCCGAUCACGAUAUAUCGGGGAAAGAAUCGCGCUGAUUUGGCACGAGAUUUUACCUAUAUUGAUGAUAUCGUGAAAGGCUGCUUGGGAUCGUUGGAUACAUCCGGGAAAAGUACCGGGUCGGGUGGGAAGAAACGAGGGCCAGCACCGUAUAGAAUUUUUAAUUUGGGCAACACGUCGCCGGUUAAGGUGCCGGAGCUGGUGAAUAUUUUGGAGAGACAUUUGAAGGUGAAAGCAAAAAGGAAUAUUGUGGAUAUGCCAGGAAAUGGUGACGUUCCGUUUACUCAUGCGAACAUCAGUUCGGCCCAAAAAGUAUUCGGGUAUAAGCCCACAACCGAUUUGCAAACCGGGUUGAAAAAAUUUGUUAGAUGGUAUUUAUCUUAUUAUGGUUAUAAUAACCGCAAAGGUGUACAAUAAUUCUUUUUUAUAUUUUUUUCUUGUUCUUUUUAAUUAUUUUUAUAAUGUAGGGUUUUUUUUUUCCCAUUAAAAGGAAAAAAUGUAAUGGGAAAAGAAAAAAAAAAACGAAAAAUCGGUAUCAGUUAAAAGCAAAAGAUGCGGAUUACACAUUCUUUGCUAGGGGGAACAGUGAAAAAAACAUUUUAACCCCAGUAGUUUUGUUGUUUGUUUUCUUUUCUGUAAGUAAAGUUUAAAGAUUGCAUUUUCCAUAAUUA